UAAAACUGAUUCAGCGAUUCAAUGUAAAAAUGGCGUCGAAUGCGGUUGUGCGUGAAUGUGUGCAAAGUAUUGCUGUUUUGUUAAAAGAAGAACUGAAAAGAAUUGCUAAUAAUAUGAACAAAGGUCGUAAGAAACGUCGUUUUUGGGUGAGGCAGUGGAUUCUGAGAAGAAAUAGAUUGGGAGCAUCAGAAACGUUGUUGAAGGAGCUUGCAUUAGAGGAUAAAGAAGGGUAUAGAAAUCAGUUAAGAAUGUCCGAAGAAAAACUUGAAGAGCUGCUGUCAAAAGUGCAGGAUGUCAUAAAAAAACAAGAUACAGUAAUGCGACAAGCAAUCUCACCAAGAUUAAAGCUGCAAGUUACUUUAAGGUAUUUAGCUACAGGGGAUUCAUUUGCAACACUUGCUUCGGUAUACCGAGUACCAAAAAAUACCAUUUCAAAUUUUCUGGGAGAAGUGUGUACAGCAAUAUACGACACAUUACAAGAUUUUAUUAAAGUAAGUAUAAACAUUUUGCAACAAAAGUAGGUAAUAUAAAAUUUAGUCUAUUAUAAGUCUAAGACACCUGUUAGAGCUGCAGUAAGUAUAUCAGAUGGCUCCUGCGAAUCUUCUCCACUUUGUUGUCUGUUGCAUGAUUCAUUUGAAAAUGAAGACGAGGAA